AUGCCUCCUCCUCCUCAGACCACCCAGGGCGGCUCCACCUUUGACAAGAUGAAGAUGGGUGCCAUCAUGGGUACCGGUGUUGGCCUUACCAUUGGUCUGAUCUUUGGCGGUGUCUCCAUUCUCAGCCGCGGUCCCGGCCCCCGUGGCACCAUCGCCACUCUCGGCCAGUACAUGGCCUCGUCGGCGGCCACCUUUGGUUUCUUCAUGUCGAUCGGUUCGGUCAUCCGUACCGACUCGCGCUACGCCCUGCCUCCCCACCUCGAGGCUGCGCGUCGGAACCUGCGUGUGGAGAUCAUGGACAAGCGCAACUAG